AUGUCCAGAGGCAGGGGCCGAGGCGGCCGCUUCAAGUCACAAAAUGUAACUAAUCAUGGGGGCGACAUUGAAAUGAAGGACUCCAACUUCAGACCAAAGCACGAGCCCGACAGACGAAACAGGGUCGGCAAAAACUCACCUCCGCCGCCAACAGGAGGCACCCGUGGCGGCAGACCAAGAGGCGGAGCAAACACUCCAGUCAGCAGGAGGACGAGGGCCAAGGGCAACAACAACAACAACAACGUUAACAACAAGCGGCUGAGCAUCAUCUCCAUGGCAUCGACAGCACAGGCAGAGCCGUGGUGCGACAAGUGCUCCCGCCUGAACCGCCAGCUCCACAGCUACCUGCUCGAGAUCCUCAAGACCGGGGAGGACGCCAUCGGCGACUGGGCCUACGCCGUCGGCGCCUCACCUGACCACAUGGAGUGCGAGCCUGCGCCGGAGAGAAUCAUACCCGAGGGAUACCGGCGCUGCAGUCGACAGCAUCACCCUUGGACAGAGGGUGAAGCGAGAACAGCCACGUCCAUCCUGCCAGGGUGUACAAGCAACCUGCUUCCCUUCGGCGCAUAUGCGGGACAGUUUGAGGGCACAGCCAGCCAGAGCUCGGCCGGUUCCAGCCCGUUUUCUCUCCUCGGUCCAGGGCCGGACUUCCCCCAGCGCAUGAACGCACGACUUCCGGCACUGUCUGGCACAAACCUUCAGUCCCUCCACACCCUGGCCGCGAUUCCCGAGAACAUGGGCGUACAAGAGCCAAGGCAUGGGGCGCCAUCCCAGGUACCACUGCCGGCGCCACAGCCCAUUCAGCCUCCGUGGAAUGGGGGUUUCGGACGGCCUGUCGCCAUGUAUCCUAACUGA